AUGUCGAACGGAACAGAGGUUGAAUGUCCAAAGCCAUUCUUGAACGUCGCGGGUUUUGAUAAUGGCGGCUUUAUUGAGGGCAGAGUGUGCCAACCAUACUUAGACGCAACGUGCUGCUUACCGUGCCCCAUGACACAAUGGGCCUACCCAGACACCUUCGAGACGAUGAGUGAAGCGGCCAACUGGGUGUCGGUCGUGAGCACAGUUGGCUGCGUCUUCCUCCUGCUCUCUUGGGCUGUGCUGCCGGUUGAAAAGACUUUCCGGCAUUAUCUCAGUAUCUCCUUGACCACGGCAGUGGUGUUUAUGAAUCUUGGGUUCGUUAUCCCUCUGGCAGCCCAGCCCGAACAAUGUUUCGACGCAAUUACACCCAACUCGAUGAAGACGAGCUCAGUCUGCGCGGCAUCCGGCAUGUUUAUUAUCCUGGGAGGAUGGGCAGGUGUACUUUGGGUCUUCUUGCGCGCGCUCUCCCUGCACCUUCAGAUUUGCUGGCAGCUUGUUGUGGGACGCAACUUUAUGUGGUUUGCUCAGGUUGUCGGCUGGGGCCUCCCUGGUGUGGGCGUUGUUCUCGCCUUCCUCUUGAGCGGUGUGUCGUUCCGAUUCGGACAGACCUGCCAUAUCAACCACAAGAACAGUCUUGCCGAUCUCUGGAUCCCGCUUCUGGUCUUCUCCGGCCUGACAAUUAUCAUUCAGUUCGCGACAUUCGGCUACUGCAUCAAGGUUUACCUCGCAUCGUUGGCCGAUAACAGCGCUUCAACCGAGGGCUCCAACAUGCCAUCCUACACCAACAGCAUCCGGACCAUGACUCCUAAGCAGGCCUAUCGUCGCGUACGCCGCGUGAUUGCGCUGCAGUGGAGAGGUAUCGCUAUCGUCUUGAUCAUCAUCGCCGAUGUCAUUUUCUUUUCCGUCGUUUUCGUUUUCCAAGACAACACUGUCGAGGCUGUCAAGAAUGACAGCACCAUUGCUCGUCCUUGGGCUCUCUGCUUGCUCGCGAACGGUGGGGAUAAGGAGCCCUGCCUGGAGCUUGCAAGUGCCCUGGUGGUCAAUAUGCCAACUGUUGGCGCUGUUCUUUUCCUUCUCGGGAUGAACGGCAUUUGGCUUUGUCUCCUCCUCGGCCGCUGGUCCAUGAUUACGGGCUGGCGUGAUUUGUUGAUCUCUUCCCCUAGCCGGAGCAAGAGAGAGUUUGUUUCAGUCGAUGCGCGGCUCGACGACCUGAAGAAAGAUACACUGACUCCGAUCUCCCCCACGCUGGCCAGAUCAGGAAUGGGGAGCCCUACCAUGCACAGCCAUAACCAAGACCCCGAGAGCGGUCGUCGUACGCCCGACUUUUUCGGUCAAACGCAGAGAUAUCACACGCCAGCGAGAUCAUUCUCCUCGCCACGCCCACCACAACAACCGCAACAAGCGACGGUGACUUGGGAUCCCACAGAGACAUAUGCUCGGGGACAAUCACCAGGGGUCUAUUCCCAAGACGGCAACCCAAACAACUAUGUCAACCCAUUGGGCAUGAACAGGUUAUGA